UAAAGGAUCGAUCGUUUCCCAUACGUGUAAGUUAACACGAGAAGAUUACACCACUUUGAACUCGCGCAGCCGUAGUUUCUGCAUGUCCCUGGUGACUUUAGAUGAGGGCACACGCAGAUACAUCGAAUCGUGAAUGGGCUCGUGCCCGUGAACGGUGAUCCUCGAUUCGUUCAUUUGGCUAUUAAAGAGGACGCGCGCUUGCACUUCCCCGUUGAGACGCUUGUGCCAAUGUCAAUGUGAGCCGGUCUCUGGAGACGCUGUGUGUUCUACAGAGAGAGAGAGACUGUGUGUGUGUAAGAGCUACUGAGAGUGUGUAAGAGCUAUUGGACGAGAGUGUGACUGUGUGUGUCAGCAUGAAGUUGUGCUAGACAAGUCCGUGACAAGUGACACGGUCAUCGCUGUUGACCGCGGGAUUAAAACAGAAGUCAAACACAGCAGGGCACGGGAGUCUACAGGUGUGCGUAAGAGCUGGCUGGAAAGGGCAGCGUGGAGGCGCGGGGCGGCCGCGGGGGGUCGGACCGGGCCAGCCGGAGCCCGGCUCUGGGCGGGAUGUGCGAGGCUGCAGAGUGCAACAUCCGAGUGGUGUGCCGAGUCCGGCCACUCAACGAGGCGGAGCAGAGCCGCGGGGACAGGGCCGGCCUGCGCUUCCAGGGACACGACACCGUUCUCCUCGGGGGCAAGGCCUUCGCGUUCGACCGCGUCUUCCCUCCCGAGGCGGGACAGGCGCAGGUGUACGCAGAGUGCGCACGGCAGAUCGUGAAAGACGUGCUGCAGGGCUACAAUGGAACAAUCUUCGCGUACGGACAGACAUCAUCGGGGAAAACCCACACAAUGGAGGGCGCGCAGCAGCAGCAGCAACAACAACAGCAACAACAGCAACAACAGCAACAACAGCAGCAACAACAGCAGCAACAACAGGAGGAGGCGACUGAGGCCGGAAUCAUUCCCCGCAUCGUGGACGAUGUCUUCUCACACAUCGACGCCAUGGACCACAACCUGGAGUUCCACCUCAAGGUGUCGUACUUUGAAAUCUACAUGGAGAAAGUCCGAGAUCUUAUUGACGUGACCAAGGGGAACCUGUCUGUGCACGAAGACAAGCAUGGGGCGCCGUAUGUCAAGGGCUGCACGGAGCUGUUUGUUUCGAGCCCGGAGGAGGUUCUGGAAAUCAUUCACAAGGGCAAAGCUAACCGCCACGUGGCCGUGACGAACAUGAAUGAGCACAGCUCGCGCAGCCACAGCAUCCUGCUGCUGCACGUGAAGCAGCAGCACGUGGAGACGAUGCACAUCCUGAGCGGGAAGCUCUACCUCGUCGACCUGGCCGGCAGCGAGAAGGUGUCUAAAACCUUGGCAGAGGGAGCGGUUUUGGAUGAGGCUAAGAACAUCAACCGCUCUCUGUCCGCGCUGGGCAACGUCAUCUCAUCACUGGCGGAGGGAAAUAAGUCUCAUAUCCCGUACCGCGACAGCAAGAUGACGCGCAUACUCAAGGACUCGCUGGGAGGUAACUGUCGGACCAUCAUUGUCAUCUGCUGCUCGCCUUCCUCAUACAAUGAAGCCGAGACCAAGUCCACACUCUUCUUCGGACAGAGGGCUAAGACAAUCAAGAACACGGCGUGCGUGAACGUGGAGUUGACCGGCGAGGAGUGGCGGGAACGCUUUGAGAAGGAGCGGCGGCGGAGGAAGUCUCUGUGGGCUCACCUGCAGAGGGCCGAGGCUGAGCUGGAACGCUGGAGGGCAGGUGAGAAGGUGGCGGAGUGCGACUGGUGUCACGUGAGGGGUGAGGCGGGGGGCCUGGGCACCUCAACCUCCGAAUCCGGGGUCGUGACCCCCGGUGACAGCGGUCUAACCGAGGCCUUGAGGCAGGCGUACGAGGAGCAGAUCCGCAAGCUCUACCAGAACCUCGACAAUAAGGAGGAGGAGUACAAUCAACAGGCCCAGCUGGUGGAGCGCCUCAACAAGCAGAUGCUGGAUCAGGACGAGCUGCUGGCGUGCUCGCGCCGCGAAGCGGAGCGGCAGCAGGCCGAGUUGUCGCGGCUGCAGGCCGACGGGCGCGAGUCGCGGGACGAGAUGGCCGAAGUGCUGCGCUCCAUGGACGAGCUCGCGGCCGCGUACGACGCAAAGAGCGCCGAGCUGGAUCAGCGCGGCCGCGAGAGCCAGACGCUCCACGCAGAGCUCCAGCGCAAAACCGACUCCCUGGCGCUGGCGGAGGGAGAGAUCUUGAGCCAGCAGGAGCUCGUGUCUCAGGAGCGUCGCCGCAUGGCCGACUCCACCCUGGAGCUCCUGCGUGAGCUCAGCGAGAUCACGAGCUCCGCGGGGGGCAAGGAGAGCCCGUGGGUGAGUGCGGUGGGAUUCGGGGGCGAGGAGGAGCUGUGUCUGGCUCACCUGGGAGCGACGCGCGUCAAGUCCGAGGUGAAGGCUCUGGCCCGGCACUGCCUGCAGCUCGGGGAGGAUCAGCGCGAGCGCAAGCGGCACCAGGCGGAGACUGAGCGCGAGCUCAGCACGUGCCGCCUGCUCGUGGCGCAGCUGGAGGCGACCGUGGGUUCGUUGACGGAGGUGGCGCGCGUCGAGGAGCAGAAGAAGCACGCACUCGAGGAGACGUGCGAGCAGCUGCAGCAGGAGCUCGUGCGGCUGCGCACGCAAGAAAAAAUGCAUGAGAUGUCCUUCAAGGACAAGGAGAAGAAGCACUUGAGCAUGAUAGAGAAGGCCAUCGAGAUGAAGGUGUCCGUGGUGGAAGAGCUGCGAGUGCUGGCUGAGCGACACCAGGAGCAGCUGGGACGACUCCGGCAGGAGAGCGAGGAGAGGCAGCGGCUGUGUGAGCAGCUCAAGAGUGUGAACGGGCGUCUGGAGCUGGAGCUGGAACAGAUCCGAGGGGAUUGCGAGCGACUUCGAGCCGCCGAGCUCGACAAAAGCAGCCAGCUUCACGAGAUCAACGAGAAGCAGCAGAGGCUGGACCUGGCGAGGCACGACCUGCGGGAGCUCGAGAGGACCGUGAUCAAGGAGCUGCAGUCUCUGUACAACCUACGCCGUGCCCUCACACAUGAACUCGCCAUGCGCAUCCGCAAGAGCACGGUGGAGUCGAGUGGAGCCUCCGGCAAGCGGGAUCAGCGGGGCGUUGUGAUCCGGGGUUCCACGGAGACGGAGCGACCCACCUCCCGCGAUGACACCUUCCAAAUAGAGAACGUGAAUAGGAUCCACAAGCAGGUGCUGGAGAACAACAUAGACCUGCAGAAGGAGGUGCCGCGGCUGCGUUCGCGCGCCAGCACCGUGCAGCGUCGCGUCUCCGCGCUGAAGCUGGCGCUGCAGGAGGCCCGGGAGGCGCGCCGGGCGGCCCCGGGGGCGAGCGGCCCCGGGCGCGACGAGGCGGCGGGCGCGCGCGUCGCCUCGUCCACCGCCGCCGCCAUCGUGCGCCGCAUCAACUUCCCGCAGAUCGUGAAACCGAUCCGGCCCGGACAGAAGCACACGCCAACUCGACCCCUCGGCCAGCUGCGCUCCAUGUCCACCCCCUUCCUCUCCACCCUGGAGUCUACCCUCAACUCCAGCCUCGAGUUGUCCUGGAGCUCCAAGGCGGACGCCUCGCUCAGCCAGCCACGGGACAGUCUCGGCAGGAAAGGGUGGGACAAACAGCUCACGGAGAUCAGCAGCGACCGAUCGGCCAUCCUGCACAUCCCAGAAGGAAACGAAUGAGGUGGAGGCGGAGGGUGAGGGAAGUACGAAAGGGAGGGGACUCUUCUGCCUCAGCGACUCAACCCAUGGCCCUGACGGACCAGGGACUCGAGCCAGCGACUCUCACCGACUCAAUCCAACCCCGUAGCGUGACCUUGUUUAAACUGGUGUGUAUGGGGGGGGGGGGGGGUUCAACAAAAUAAAUGUGAAACAAACUUGAAACAAAUGUUAAUCACCGUUCACCCGACAAAACUUUGAAGAAAUUCCGCUGCUGGUGUGAAAUUUGGCACCAACAUUUUGUGUCUUGGCUCUGCUUCUGACGUGUACGGCUGGAAUUCUCUGUGUAAGAAAAACUAAACUUGAAUGUCCGAGGGUCGUGCGCCGCUUGGCGGCUUCGGUCGGUGGUGUCGUUGAUGCCCCUCGAGGCUUCCUGAGAAGCGUCGCUCUGGGCAAGAUCUGACGACGCAUUCUGUUGUUCGGUCACCGUCUCCGCAGUCGCACUAUGGACUACCUUUCAUCAUUUAGAAGUGGGACCCUGAGCCUUCAGACACUACGGGGCGGGGGUGGGGUGACUCUACUCCCAAUGCUCAGCCCCACAACUUUAAGGGACCAGGUACUCAAUCGAUGACUCUAAGGGACUCUAGUCCAGGACUAUUGACCAUAAAUCGCACCACCACCCAAGCCUUUGCUGACUCUGCAGCGCACAAUGCAAGAGUUGAGUCAAAAUCUGAAUCGGGGGAAGAGAUUGGCUGCUCAGUUGCUCCGUUUAUAGUUCAUACGCCGGCAUGCGUUUCACGCAGACAAAUGUGCCUUUGACAUAUUUACCUCUCGGCCUGCUGUACUGCCAUUUCCUGGCCACGUUGCUGCCCAGUGGGUUUGAGAGUCACAUACUGUCCCUGCGACCCAUGCGCUUGGGGACGUGGGUUGGUGGAUCACGCGCAGAUUUGUGAAAUUCCCAAACAUGCUUGGCUGCGAAGUGAUCAUCAGGGGAUAGCAGUGCUGCCAGUGGGUUCGUGAAUCGAGCUGUGUAGACAUCCGUUAUUCCCUCUCGUGCGUAGCGGGUUUGCUGCUGUUUUCUCCCGCUUUGCAAAACGACUACUUAAGAGGGAAUUGGCUAAACAUCCCAAAGCAGGACCCACUCUGAAAACAUCUUGAGACUCAGCGAGGCUUUCCUGAAAAAUCGAAUCAUAUCGCUGUCUUCACUGAUUGCUGUAAUUUAUAUGUAAUGCCCAUGUACCGAUGUGCAACAAAAAACUCAGGACAAAUGUCAAAUGGCAUUUUUUAAAUGAAGGUAGGACAGCAAGUCGGUUGCUGAUGUAGAUGGUGCAUCAAUGUUCUCGACAAUUGUAUGUGUGAGUCUUGUCUGACUUUCCUUGAAAAAUAAAUUAUUGUAAAUUGUCAAUAAUUGUGAAAACUAAUUCAGAAAUAAAAACUAUGUU